UGCCAGGGAGGCAAAACCUUAAAUACAUUCGUAUAAAAGCAGCGGUAGAUUCUUGUCUUAUAAUAUAUUUGCAUCGUUAUAUAUUAUAUCACUGUUUAAGCGAAAAGAACACAUUUUAAAUAAAAGGGGAGAUUUUUGUUGCUUUUUAAUUCCUGAAGAUGAAAACUUUAUUUAUUUUGAUUUUUGUUCAUCUCAUUUCGUCAGCCAAGGGUGCCACUGAAGCCCCGCCCACAGAUUCACCUGUAGACGUGUGUCCCUACACUGAUGAUGCCCACCAAUGUCUAGGGCAAACCUUUGGCGACCUGAACUACUUUAGCAACUACACCAUCUUUGUCGAGGACCCAGUCUCCACACAGGCUACAUUGUGCAACGCCAAGACAGCGUGCCUUGAGCCUCUUUUCACGAACUGUUCGGAGAAGGCGCAAGAGGAUUUCCUUUUGUUCAAGGGGCUGCUUGACUAUCUAUGUUCGACUACAGGAUACAAAGAUUUUCUUGAUUUUAAUCCAUGUUUUCAAAACAAGGAAUUCAUUGAUACCUUCUACACCUGUGGCUUUAAUUCCGACGUUUGCUUGUUUGCAUCGACACAGAAGAACUGCAGCAUCGAGUUGGCCACUCGGCUGUGCCCAGGCAGCAAUGUCCAGAAACUCAGCGACGCCCUGGACAAAAUCUUCAAGCCAGCCACUGCAAAUAAAUGUCAAUCAAACACCCCUGAGGAGACGACCCUGGGUCCUUUACCACUUGAAACAACGACAACACCCAUGAGUUCAGACCCACCGACGGACACGACCCUCAGCCCCUCGCCAGUUGAGACGACCACAGCCUUGAGCCCAGCCCCACCCAGGGACUACAACACCUGCUACAGGUGCAGCAGUGGGCGGGACGACGAGUGCGAGAACGAUAUGUGUCCAGCCAAUGGAAACAUCUGGGCGUGGUCAAAGUUUCAUUACGUCAAGUGUAGUGGACCGUGUAUGUCUACCGUAACCCGAGGUUCAAAUGCAGUUGUCCGUGGAUGUUCAGACGGCAAGUUCCCAGGUCUGCAUAUCCCAGCCAAUGGCUGUCUGACUCACAAGAAGGAAGUCACGUGCUUUUGUACUGGUGACCGCUGUAACACCAGAAACAUGGUGCAGGAGCAGGCCAAGAUGAGGAGCAGACGUAAUUGAGGAAACGUCGGACUUCAAGACAAUUUUUUAAAAUUCUAUUUUC